CACUAUUUGGCUAUGUUGACUAUAUCGAAGGGAUUAAAAAGGUAAUCUCAAAUGGAAAACCCACUGACUUGUUCAAAAUUUCUGGCAAUAAUGGAAGCAGGAGCCGGGUCAAAGUAAAUUUCUGGGGUUUACUCGCUAAACAAUACUCUGUAAAAAUACAGGACAGAACCAUUAUUUCAUUUCGUCUUGCACGCACAUCAGUUCCGUCUAUCCGUUUCAACAACCCGAAUGACAUCGUACACUCUGUCGAAUUGACCGUGGGGGCAUCAACAAUUGUCACCGUUCACGAGAUAAAGUUUGAGAAAUCAGUUAUAGAUAUGACACAGAUCAAAACUGUGAAAAUCGAGGAUAUUAAUACCGCUGACGGUUUAUGCUAUAUUGAGGGUUACCUUAAAGACUCUUUUUCAAAGGCAACAGCAUUCGGGGGAAGCUACGGAAAUGGGGUUCUCGUUGAAGAUGAACAUAAAAUAUCUUUAAGGUUGACCGAAUUUGAUAAAGCAAAGGUAAAAUUUGUAGUAGGGAACCAUCUAAGAAUCUUGGGAAGUCCAUUAGUUCAUCCUGAACUCGUGACUGAAAUUUCUAUUCGUCAUCUGUCUGACAUUACUAAGACAGAAGCUGAAGAGAAAAAUGCUCGUGAACUUCGCAGGAGUGGUCUCAAAACGCCAAAGCGUAAACAUGACGGUGAAGGUGAGAUGGGAUCAGCCGCAAAACAAUCGCCCUUUGAUAACUAAAAAAGUUGUUUAGAUUAAAAAUCUACAACGAUUAUGCAGUGAAAUUAAUCAAAAAUUACCAAAAUGAUCUCUUUCGUUAUUUUUAGCGAAUCACUAUUAUAUGAGAUACUGAGAUAAAAUUACAGUAACUUCUGAUGGAUUUCACUGCAUCCAGAGUUCAUUUAAAAAAAUAUUCCUAUAAUUUCUAUG